AUGACCUUCCCAAACUUCACAUCCCCCACCCCCUUCCCCCCCUUCUCCACCCUCCCUCUCAUCUCCUCCCCUCCUACUUCCUCCACCGUCAAACCAACCUACCUCCUCGGCACCAUCCAAGAAAACAUGACCCUAACCCCCAAAACACCCACCUUCAUCUGUCGCGACCGAGAAAACGAACCUUUCGCCAUAACCCUGAAACUUCGGGACGGUCAAACCGGCGAGGGCGCGAGCGUUAGCGAAGCCAAAACUGGAACUAAUGGAGAGAACAACUUUUUUGAACAUGCACAGGGAAGGAAAGCGUUCACUAAGGGUAAAUGUGUAGUGAUUAAGAAUGGAAAGAGGAAAGGAAGUCAAGAACCGAAUGAAGCUGAGGGGAAGAAGGGGAAGAAGGGGUUUGUCGAGGGAGGAUGGGAGGGUGGGGAGGGAGGGGUGGAGGGGGGUGUUUGUGUCAUUCCUACGUCCCUAGAAAAAUUAAUGGAUCUCACGAUCCGACUCGCGACCGAAGGAGGGAUUCGACGGUGUCAGGGGUGUGGGAAGGUGGAGGAGAAGAUGACGAGGUGUAAAGGAUGUGAGGAGGUUUGGUAUUGUGGGAAGGACUGCCAAGUCAAAGGCUGGACCGAGGGAGGUCAUAAGAGCGAGUGCAAAGUUCUCAAAGCCGUGAAGGAGAUAUUCGGGAGUGAGGAAUUGGGUGACGAUGGCUUCGGGAGAUGA